UGUUCAUUGUGCUAAAAUUGGCAAUAAACACUAUACUUAAAGUACUCGUUUAUACCAAUGCUUGAAAGCAUGCUACCAAGCUCAUUUGACUUCUAAUAAUGGAUGUGCAAAUACAUUGCUCUGUUUCUUUAAGAGACCGUGGUUGUUAGGUUAGAAGAUCAUUGAACCACAUGAGGGUCAAUAAAAGAAUAAAAAGUCACUGGUUGGUGACUCGAGCAAGAGGAACUUGAUCCUAGUUCAUUAUCUUUGUGUCCAUAUGUUGCUCACAAUCAAAGGGGGAGCAUUUUAUCCUCAGCAGCUUGUACUUGCCGGGGAUGGCUUCUGGAAGAUUAAUUAAACUUGUGGUUUUCGAGCUUCUGGAGUUUGCUGCUUUCUCCAUUCCCACACUUGUGAUUGUGGAGCAGUUUGCCUCUGUGUAUCAAAGGACAAGGAAUAUAGCUGAGAAAACAUAUUACUGGCUUAUUGUUUCCUGUUCUAUUGCCUACGUGGCUUCAGUGACUCUAUUGAUUUGGGUUCCCAUAAAAGUGCUCUUAUUCAAAAAACAUCAUCUUCGAAAAAAAAUUAAAGGAUGGAGACCUGUUAUGAUGAUGUGUGUAGUACUCACCACGCUUCCCUGCUUCAGCUUUUCUAUAGCAGUGACUGAGGUUCAAAAGAACAUUAAUGGUUCCACUGAUGUAUCAGCUUUACCAGACCUGCCAGUGUCUCUGGUUCUGACUUGCUUAAUCGUGGUUGAUAUUAUUGAAAAACUCAGGAUCUAUCCUCUCAAAGGGAGUCAAAAGAGUAGUGAAGACAGCCACAUUCAUACGACCACUUUGCAACAAAUAACAACUGUGACUGAAAAAGCGAGGCAAAAAGAAGAAAACCGUGCACCUUCCCAGGCAGCCAGCAGAGCUGAGAUGUCCCGCCGUAGAGAAGCCGCAGCAUGGAGCCUGGCUCCGGUGUUAGCGGGACCCGUGGAGCCGUCCUUCCACUCAGGAAUUCUGAGGAUAAUGUCCCGGCAAGACAUUCGGGCAGACAUAGUCUUGUGGGGCUUUCUCCUGUGGUUUGACACCAUUGAAAUGGUGCGAGUGGCUGGUCACUCCGCUGUGUACAAGUCUGGCUGGGUAUAUCCAGUCUACAUAUUUAGUUUUAUUUCUCUGCUUCGAAUUAUAUUCACACCCCAAAACCCUCUUCUGAAUUCCCUGGGCAUCCUGCUUCAGGAUUUGCCCUUUAUUUUUGUUAGAUUUAGUUUAAUCAUUGUCCUGGGGACUAUCACGCCAGUACUGGGUCUCUGUAAAAAUGUGUUAGUGACUCUCUCUUAUAUUUACUUUAAUUUCUUAACCAAAUACAGAGGUUUCUCUACCUUCGAAACCUCAUAAUUCUAAAAUGAAAAUAAAAUAGAGUAAAACCUGUUUGGGCAAAUUUGUAAAUAAUUUUACCUGGGGCAUACG